GUUUUUGACUAAACUGACGAAUCACCAAUUCUGCCUAAUGAGUGACGACGACUUGAAAAACUUUUUAUGGCAACAUCCUCAACCCGGUCUUAGUGGAACAGCUCGCAGCAAUAGAAGUUUUAAUCUGAAAGUGACAAAGAAUCAGGAACAACAAAGAAGCGUUGAGAUUAGUGAUGGAUUUGAUAUAUUAUUAUCCAGGCUCCCCAAUCGCAAUAGCAACUCAUCAACAGCCUACAUUGUAGAAUCAGUCUCGUCACAAUCAGUGGUUAUUAAGAAACACGUUCCGGCAAAUAUUGCGAUUAAUAAUGAGAUCAAACAAUAUAACA